ACAGGCGCAGGACUACGCGAAUACAAACACCGAAUUUCUAAAUUCUGCGUUUAAUCGACCAGGAAACCGCCUCAGUUAGCUGUUGCUGUUCCAAGUUAUAACUUCGCUUUUAUAUACCUACCUAUCUAACUCCGCAGGGAAAUUACAAGUAGCGAUGUCUGAACCAAAAGCUGAUACCGUUCCCGGUCUAGGAUUCAAAGACAAGGAGAAGGCUUUGGAAACUAUUAAAAAUUUAGAAGGGAGGGACCCCGACUACCAGAAGUUAGCUAUCAAAGGGCUGAUCGGCAGAGCCAAACGGACCCUAACACUGACAAAGGACAAAGACAAGCUGCAGAAUAUAAACGAUGCUAUGGCCGUUUUUGAGGAAUGGUUGAGAAAUUUCGAGUUAAACAAUUUGUCAAAAGAAAACCGCGCCUACUUACCACUAAUCUCGAUAGAAGCGUUGCUCCCUUUAAAAGAGCGAUUCGACAUAGAAGAUAAAAAAGUGGACAGUUUCCUGGAGGCAUACAAAAAAGCAAAUGCUGAUUACAAAAAUUUAAGGACCGUAGCAAGCGGGGAGGAUGAACCCACUUGGGAUAUUGUAAGAAACACUGAACUAAAAAAGUUACUGAAACAGCUGGAAGAAAACAAACCUGAAUUAUGGAAAGACGACUUACCAACAAAAGAACAUAUGGAAAUCAUUCUUUGGGCAUACAGUCCUGACGCAAGUAAAAUUAAAAAGAAUGUUUCUCUAUAUGAGGAGAAAUUGGGGACGGGAAAGAAAUCUGACAGUGACAUUGAAAUGGUGGGAGAGGAGGAAAAUGGGAAGGAAGGGAAGAAAAGGAAGGAAGAGAGGAAGCACAGUGAUGAGAAAGACGAAGACAGCAAAGAAAAAAGGAGUAGCAAGAGGAAAUCAUCCAGUGACAGUACAGACGAUGAAUCUCCUAAGAAGAAAAAUAAGGGUGAUUGAAAUAAUCAUUCUUAGGUAGUUUGUAA